AUGAACUCCGAAGAAUCAUUUGAUACUCUACUAGACUUCUCUAUGUGUGAAAUGGAGUCUCAAGACCUACAGGGCCAAUCGACUCCCAAUGUUGAGAUCAUCGACGACGACGACAAUACCGCCCCGAACCUUUGCAUAGAUAACGCUCCCAUCAGGUUGCCUUUAUUCCAACAAGAAACCUUCACCAACCCACUGAUGUACAGUGAUGAGGAAACUACAAAUGCCUUACUACGAAUUAUAGAACAGGACCGGGACGAUGCCCAAGCAAACGGGACUAUACAACCCGAGAACCCCGUCACCGAAGCCCCUGCCCCUACAAGCGAAGCACCAACUAUCCAGAACAGACAGCAGACCAAGUCACCAACUGAGAACGCCAGUGUCCCCCAGUCUUCACCUGCUCCGAGUGCCGCACCCAAUGUCAAGGCUGUCCCUCAGGCCGAGACCCGAGGUGUAAAGAGAGCAAGGGAGCCCGAGCCUGCGCCUCCGAAACGACCAACCGCUAGAAAUGGCCGGGGCGCGGCCAAGACGGUGAAACCUGAGGAGGCCAAACGCCCUCGUUGCAGGCUUAAACCAAAGAUUGAUGAUCAACUCAAUCGUAAUGUUCAUCUGGCGCAGGCGCGGAUGGGCUUCAAUCCUCCUGUCACUCCGUGUCCUCACUGCGGGAAUAUGACUUGGUCUUACCCAGGGCCCAGUGUCGAAAGCUGGGGGGCGAUCCCGACCAACACGCCCAUGGAUGGCGGUGCUUUCAUGGGGCAGCCUGCCACUCGACGUAUGGAGUUCGGCCCUGUGCUACCUCAGCAGCAGGACCUGAUGGGAAUGAAUCCUCAUAGCAUUCCGACUCCUCACAACGGGAAUAUGGCUUUCUCUUCCCAUCUGCUGCCACCUCCUCAACAGACUCAUGAUGAGAUGGCGCUGGGAAGCAUGAGACAACAUAAUCAGGCCGUGGACAGUGGUAUUCCCACGGUGUCUCAAAAUAUCCUGCCUAACUAUUCCCAUCUUCAGCCAAGGGUCAAUGGCAAUGCCAUGAAGAUGCAUUAG